AUGACGGACGAAACACCAGAGUUGACAUCAAAACCAACAGAAACUAUUAUUCAUCGUCGUCAUCAUCAUAAAAAAGACAAAACACCAAAUCUUGAUUUACCACAAUCGAAAAAUUUAUCUUCUCGACAAUCGAUUAUUCAAUGGUUUGCAUCGUAUUUUACAUAUAAAUCACCAGAUAAAAUUGAUAUUAUAUUAAAUGAUGAUAAUAAAAAAGAGCUGCCAAGAAGAUCAAUAUUACGUUCAUGUCUAUGCCAAAAUUUAUUUUGUAAAUUAUUUUUAUUAUUAUGCGCAAUGUAUAUCAUUAUGUAUAUGCGUCCGGAUUAUUCAAUUUAUCUUCGAAAUACAUUAGAAAAUGUUUUAAAAAAAUAUAAUUUAACAUCCGAAGAAUUUCAACUUCGUCCUGGACAACGUUUAUCUCAAUAUCGACAACCAUCAAUGCCAAUUAUUAUUAUACCAGGUAUUAUAUCAACUGGUUUAGAAUUAUGGCAAGGAACAGAGUGUGCUAAGGGAAAAUUUCGUCAUCGGUUUUGGACAUCGAUGCAAAUGGUUGAUAAUAUUGGUCGAGAUCAUCAAUGUUGGCUUAAACAUAUAUCAUUGAAUCUUUCGACUUGGAUGGAUCCUGAAGGAAUUCGUCUUAGACCUGUACUUGGUUGGGCUGCAGCUGAUUAUGUCUUUCCUGGCUAUUGGUUAUGGAGUAAAGUAAUACAAAAUUUAGCUGAUAUUGGUUAUGAUCCAAACAAUUUAGUAACACUUGGUUAUGAUUGGCGAUUAACACCACAACUUCUCGAAGAACGUGAUGGUUAUUUUACACAAUUAAAAUUCUAUACUGAAUUUCUUCGUAAAAGACAUGGAGAAAAAGUUGCAUUAUUAACACAUUCUAUGGGAACUAAUUAUAUUAUGUAUUUUCUUCGAUGGGUUACCGAAAAUGCUGGAGAUCAAUGGAUUGAUGAAAAUGUUGCAACAUUUCUUAAUGUUGGUGGACCAUUAUUAGGUACACCAAAAGCAUUUAGUGCUGUUCUAUCUGGUGAAAUGAAAGAUACAGCUAUGCUAGGUGAUCUUGGACGAAAUAUUCUUGGCAAAGUAGUUGGUAAACUUGUUGUUUUUCCGAAAUUCUUUCGUGCAUUAGCAAGUGUACCAUCCAUGUUUCCACGAGGUGGAAGUAAUGUUUGGAGUGAAUGUCAUGGAAUAGAAAAAGAUCCUAUAAAAUAUAUGCUUAUGUUUCCAAAAGAUAAAUAUAAAGGUUUUGCAAAUACAUUACGUGAGAUAAGAGAAAAAUGUAACGAAGAAGUUGAUUAUUGUGAUGGAUUUGAUUCUAUACUUGAAGAAAUUUAUGCUAAACCAGAAUUAGUUGAAGAAAUUAUGACAAAUAAUCAUACCGUUGAACAAUUUUAUGAUGUUUUAAAAACACUUGCACCACGUUAUAUGAAUUUAGUUGAUAAAUAUUAUGAUUUAAAUGGUACAGGUGAAACAGAUAAAAAUGAAAAUAAAUGGAAAACAGAUUCAAGAUAUUGGACAGAUCCACUUUCAACACCUUUACCUAAUGUGACAAAUUUUAAAAUUUAUUGCAUGUAUGGUUACAUUAAAGAACCAAUGACUGAAUGUGGAUAUUCCUACGGUUUUUAUCCUCAUACAGAUCAUUGUUCAAGUGCUUUACUUCUGUUCAAUACUUCUGAUACCGUCCCUGCUUCAAAUAUUAAAUCAGGUGUUAAUCUUGGUCCAGGUGAUGCAACCGUUCCACUUGUUUCACUGGGUCAUAUGUGCGCAGGUCCAUGGAAAGAACAAGGUAGUUAUCAUAAUCCUGGACAAGUGAAAACAAUAAUUCGUGAAUAUAUACAUAAAACAACAACAUUUGACAUAUUAACAACACGUCUCGAAGAUGCUUUACGUGGUGGAGAAUACGCGGUGACACAUGUAGAAUUACUUGGUAAUCGUGAUUUUUUAACUGAUUUACUUAUUAUUGUAUCGAAACCAAUCAUUGGUACAAAUCAAAGUCGAUUAUUAGUUAAUGAUGACAAUAUACAUCAAGAUCAAAUUCAUUCUAAUAUACGUCAAAUAAGUAAAAGAAUACUGAAACGUGAUAAACAUUAA